AUGGCGGAACCGCCGAGCCCAGCGCACGGCGCUGCCGCCGCCGCCGCUGCCGCCGUCCCCCAAGUCUCGGGGAAAGAACCGUUUGGCAAGCUGCAGACCGCCUGCCGGGACCCGCCGGGCCCCCUGUCCGCCAAGAAGGUCCGGACCGAGGAGAAGAAGGCGCCGCGGAGACUGAACGGAGAAGGGGGCAGCGGCGGCGGGAACAGCAGGCAGCAGCUGCAGCCGCCGGCGGCUGCUCCGCCUCAGAGCUACGGCAGCCCCGCGCCGUGGAGCUUCGCCGCCCUUGCCGCCGCCGCCCCCUCCCCGUCCGCCGCUCGCAACAGUUUCCCUUUCUCCGCCGGCUCGGCCGUCCCGUCCGCAGCCUCCGCUUCCUCGUCUCAGCCGGCGCCGCGCAAACUGCUGGUGCCCCCGGCGCUGCCGCGCGCCCAGCCGCCGCCGCCGCCGCCGCCGGCCGCCGCCAAGCCGCGCCGGGCCAAGGAGAAGCGGGAGAAGGAGAGGCGGCGGCACGGCCUUGGCGGGGCGGGCGAGGCCUGCGGGGCCGCCCGGGAGGAGAACGGGGAGGUGAAGCUGCUGCCGCCGCGAGAUAAAAUCAAAGACAAAAUUAAAGAGAGAGAUAAGGAAAAAGAGAGGGAAAAAAAGAAGCAUAAAAUAAUGAAUGAGAUCAAGAAAGAAAAUGGAGAAGUAAAGAUGUUGCUGAAAAGUGGGAAGGAGAAACCAAAAACAAAUGUAGAAGACUUACAAAUUAAAAAGGUAAAGAAGAAAAAGAAAAAGAAACACAAAGAGAAUGAAAAACGGAAGCAUCCAAAAAUGUAUAGCAAAUCUAUUCAAACCAUCUGCUCAGGAUUGCUAGCUGAUGUUGAAGAUCAAGAAGCCAAAGGCAUCCUAAAUGAUAACAUAAAGGAUUAUGGUGGAAAGAAUUUGGAUACCAAGAACUAUAGCUCCAAACUUACAGAGAACAGUGAGCUUCCAUUUGUCUCUUUAAAGGAGCCACGGGUUCAGAAUAAUCUCAGAAGGUUGGACACUUUGGAGUUCAGACAACUGAUUCAUAUUGAGCACCAGCCUAAUGGAGGUGCAUCAGUUAUCCAUGCCUAUAGUAAUGAACUCACUCACCUGUCUCCUGUGGAGAUGGCGAGGUUUGCAGAAGAGUUUGUGGGUCUAGUAUUCAGUGAAAAUGAAAACUCUGCAGCUUUCUAUGUAAUGGGUAUUGUUCAUGGGGCAGCUGCUUAUUUACCUGACUUUUUAGACUACUUUUCAUUUAAUUUUCCCAAUUCACCAGUGAAAAUGGAGAUUUUGGGAAAGAAGGAUAUAGAGACAACAACUAUGUCCAAUUUUCACGCUCAGGUAAAAAGAACGUAUUCUCAUGGUACUUACAGAGCUGGCCCAAUGCGACAAAUCAGUUUGGUAGGAGCCGUUGAUGAAGAAGUGGGAGAUUAUUUCCCUGAGUUCCUGGAUAUGUUGGAAGAUUCGCCGUUUUUAAAGUGUACACUGCCAUGGGGGACACUAUCUAGUCUAAAAUUAGAGAGUCGAAAAGAUAGUGAUGAUGGUCCUAUCAUGUGGGUACGCCCAGGAGAACAAAUGAUCCCUGUGGCUGAUAUGCCAAAGUCACCUUUCAAAAGGAAAAGAACUACCAAUGAAAUAAAAAACCUGCAGUACCUACCUCGAACUAGUGAGCCCCGGGAGAUGCUCUUUGAAGACAGGACAAGAGCUCAUGCAGAUCAUAUAGGACAAGGUUUUGAACGAAAGACUACGGCUGCAGUUGGAGUGUUGAAGGCUGUGCACUGUGGAGAGUGGCUUAAUCAACCCAGAAUAACCAAAGAUGUCAUUUGUUUUCAUGCUGAAGAUUUCUUAGAAGUAGUUCAACGAAUGCAGCUAGAUUUACAUGAACCUCCAUUAUCCCAGUGUGUCCAGUGGGUUGAUGAUGCAAAACUUAAUCAACUGAGGAGAGAAGGCAUUCGAUAUGCCAGGAUUCAGCUGUAUGAUAAUGACAUUUAUUUUAUUCCAAGGAAUGUUGUUCAUCAGUUCAAGACAGUGUCAGCUGUAUGUAGUUUAGCAUGGCACGUUCGGCUCAAGUUAUAUCACUCGGAGGAGGACACUGCUCACAAUACAGAUACUCAUGAAACAGGCACAUCACCAGGUUCUACAUCAUCAGUUCUUGGACCUCACAGUGAUAAUAGGAUUUGUGCUGUAAGCAAAACCUCUUUGGAUUCUAUUUUUUCAGACACACUUCAUUCUAAAUAUGAAGCACAGCAGAUUAAACAUGAACCUGUUGCAUCUGUAAGAAUCAAUGAAGAAUCUGUGAAUGUUUAUGUUUCUGAAGAAACUAGAACACCGAAUAAUAUGGAUGGCAAGAAUGUUAAAACAAAAUUGGAUCAUGUUCAAUUUACAGAAUUUAAGAUUGAAGUGGACUCCAAAUUUGAAAAUAGCAACAAAGAUUUAAAGGAGGAAUUGUGCCCUGAAAAUCUCUUAAGUCUAGUUCAUGCAAGGCAACAUAGUUCAGUACAUUCACAUCAAAAUAGAAAAGAUGAUGACAUUUUGUGCUAA